GCCAUGGGGUCAUGAGCGCUUGAAGUCAUGUUCCUGGUUGCAGCUAAGGGCUGCAAAUGGGCUCUCAAUCCCAUAUAUCGGUUAUAUGGAAUUGGAUAUUGAGCUCUGUGGUAGGAUAGUUCCGCGAUGUGGGGUGCUGGUGGUCAGGGAUCCUCCUGGUGGCUUGCGCUCUCAAGUCCCUGGUGUGUUGGGGAUGAAUGUACUUGGGCGAUGCUACCAGGAGCUCUUUGGACAGCAUGGCCCCUCUUUGUUUGAUUUUCCUCCGGUUUCUAGUGCGCCACUUUCAGUUUUUCAAGCCUUACAACACUGCCAUCAAGGUAGCGAACAAUCUCUCGUUGAGUGUAUGACUAAGGUAAGGGUGCGCGGUCCUCGGGCAUGUCGUGUCACAGGUGGUACUAUUAAGUUGGUUGCAGCAACCUGUGCAGAACAGUUGGUAGGUAGUACAGUACUGUUCGAGCCCAUUGAGUCUGGGUUACCUGAAGGGUUGUUGGCAUCCCCCGCCUUGGUGCGAGUGAUUGGAGGCUCAGUUUAUGUGCCAGUGGUCAACAUAGGCACGUUUGAUGUCCUCCUUUAUCCACGCAGAGUAUUGGGUACCCUGGUUAGAGUGAAUGUUGUUAGUUUGCCAGCAGGUGUCACUGAAGUUAGAUCCACUACAGCAAAUGUGUACUCUCAAGCCACUCUAGCAGUUAGUGCCCCCGUUUUAGAGCAGAUUGCAAAAGUAGAUCUGACUGCAUUACCAGAACUGGAACAGGGAAAGGUGAGGGCCUUGCUUACAAAAUAUCAGACGGUAUUUUCUGAACAUGACGGUGAUUUGGGAUGUACAAGUCUUAUAUCUCAUGACAUCCCACUCUUAGAUGACAUCCCUGUGCGUCAGCGACAUCGCCGGGUGCCUCCCUCUGAGUAUGAGGUUGUUCGAGCCCACAUCAAUCAGCUGUUGGAGUCUCAGGUAAUUAGGGAAAGUUGCAGCCCAUAUGCCUCCCCAAUCGUCUUGGAAAAAAAAGAUGGUAGUCUACGCUUAUGCGUUGACUACCGCCAGUUAAACGCCAAGACUAGAAAGGAUGCAUUUCCUUUGCCUCGGAUUGAGGAGUCGCUGGAUGCGUUGACAGGGGCCUGUUGGUUUUCCACUAUGGAUUUAGCUAGUGGUUAUAACCAGGUCCCUGUCACAGAGGGGGAUAAGCCGAAGACCGCUUUUUGCACCCCAUUUGGCCUGUUUGAAUGGAAUCGUAUGCCCUUUGGGUUGUGCAAUGCCCCCUCUACCUUCCAGCGACUUAUGGAGAGGGUAUUCGGGGACCAACAGUGUCAGUCCUUACUUUUAUAUCUAGACGAUAUUGUGGUUUUCUCCACCUCGAUCACUCAACACUUGGAGAGGUUAGAGGUUGUGUUAAGCCGCCUAGAACGGGAAGGGUUAAAGGCUAGGCUAGAGAAGUGUGCCUUCCUUCAGCAAGAGGUGAAAUAUUUGGGUCAUGUUAUCUCUUCCAGGAGUGUGGCAACCGACCCUAGUAAGAUCGAGGCUGUGGCCCAGUGGCCUCGUCCCUCUAGCAUUGCAGAGUUGAGAUCCUUUCUGGGUUUUUCCAGCUACUAUCGGCGGUUUGUGGAAGGGUUUGCCAAGUUGGCUGCCCCGCUGCAUAAACUGGUGGGGGAAUUUGCUGGUGUAAAGGGUAAGCAGAAAGGUAGGAGUUUUGUUAGUGCCUGGAGUGAAAACUGUCAGGUGAGCUUUGAGGGGUUAAAGGAGAAACUAACUACCGCCCCAGUACUCGCGUAUGCGGAUUUCUCUAAACCUUUUAUUUUGGAGGUGGACGCUAGUUAUCAAGGUUUAGGGGCAGUCCUUUCCCAGAAAACUGAAGGUAAGGUAAGACCAGUGGCAUAUGCCAGCCGUAGUUUAAGGCCCACUGAGCGCAACAUGUCAAAUUAUAGCUCUAUGAAGUUGGAGUUUGUUGCGCUCAAGUGGGCCAUGACGGAGAAAUUCCGUGAAUAUCUGUUGGGUAACAAGUGUGUGGUAUUCACGGAUAAUAAUCCCCUUAGCCAUCUGACCUCUGCAAAGUUGGGGGCGACUGAGCAGCGUUGGGCUUCUCAGCUGGCGGCUUUCGAUUUCGAGAUCAAGUAUCGAUCUGGUAAGAGUAAUCGGAAUGCUGAUGCGCUGUCACGGAGGGAACUUCUGGAACCUGGUGGGUUGGAUGGUUUGACCCCAGGCACUGUAAUUCCUGAGUCUUUGCGGUCAUUAACUGGGGUAGAUUCUGUGGGCAUAGUGACCCAGUGUAUGGUCUCUACACUGCCUGGUUAUUCUGCUGGUGAGUUGCGUUCUUUGCAGGCAGCGGACCCAGUUAUUUGGGAAGUGCUGCGAUUUUGGAGACAAGGAAAUCGCCCAGGGCCGGAUGAGCGGCGCCAAAUGACUAAGGCGGCCUUAACCUUGCUCCGCCAGUGGGAUCGGUUGAGGGAGUUAGAUGGUAUGCUGUAUCGUCGGGUUUACUGCCCUAAUGGUAAGGAAGAGAUGUUACAAUUGGUUUUGCCUGCUGCCUUGAGACCAGAGGUGUUAAGACAGUUGCAUCAACAACAUGGACACCAGGGCAGAGAGCGCACCAUGGAGUUAGUGCAACAGAGGUGUUAUUGGCCGGGUUUGUCCUCGGAUGUGGCAAGCUGGUGUCAAGAGUGUGACCGGUGCCAGGCAGCCAAGGACACCCAGCCAUUGGCUCAGACUUUUAUGGGGCGGUUAAUGUCAUCUAGGCCAAAUGACAUCUUGGCAGUGGACUUCACAGUGUUAGAACCCACAAGCUCUGGCACCGAAAAUGUUUUGGUGAUGACUGAUGUUUUCAGCAAGUAUACCCUUGCUGUUCCAACGAGGGAUCAGCGAGCGGAGACUGUGGCACAAACCCUGGUGACCGAAUGGUUUUACAGGUUCGGUGUUCCGGGCCGUCUCCACUCGGAUCAGGGACGAAAUUUUGAGUCUUUGUUGAUACGUCAGUUAUGUGAGCUUUAUGGUGUGGUGAAGUCUCGUACUACCCCUUAUCACCCGGCUGGCAACGGCCAGUGUGAACGCUUUAACCGCACGUUACACAAUCUGUUGCGUACUCUGCCAGUGUCCAGGAAACGAGACUGGGUAGCGUGUCUUCCCCAGGUAGUGUUCAGUUAUAAUAGCACCCCUCAUCAGACCACAGGGGAAUCGCCACACUUCUUGAUGUUUGGUCAGGAGCCACGAUUGCCCAUAGAUUUUUUGUUGGGGAGAGAACUACAGCUAAGAGAGGGUAGUGUGAAUGACUGGGUCUUGGAACAUCAAACGAGGCUCCAGGUGGCCUUUGCAGGUGCACGGGAACGGUUGCAGGUCAUGGCUGAUAGGCGCAAGGCCAAUCAUGAUCAGCACGUCCGAGAUGAACCACUGGUGGAGGGUCAACUGGUGUACCUCCGUGAUUAUGGGGUAAGGGGCCGCCAUAAAAUCCAGGACCUGUGGAGCCCAGUGGUCUAUCAAGUGACAAGGGCACCCAAGGAGGGUGGUGUAGUGUACACCAUUGCGCCUGUAGAUGACCUGACCAAGGUAAGGAACGUGCAUCGUUCACUGUUAAAGAGAAGAGUCUGUAAGGAAACAGUUGGUACUAACCAUGAUAGUCCUUUACCUGACCCAGUUAUGGACCCAUCCUCGUUAGCUGAGGAAGAGGAUGAGGUAGAUUUAUUAGCUUUGGUCCAAGGACGGGAUCGAGUUGAUGUUGAAUUAAGACUUGGUGGUCCAGCAUCUGGGGUGGAACAUGGUCCACAGGAAAGGGUGAGUGUUAUGGGACCAGCUCCUGCUAACUGGCCAGGAUCACAGGUUCCAGCUAGGGAUACAGCUAUGUUGCCGGAGCCACAGCCUGAAGCCCUUGUUAGGGUAGAUGAGGGUGAUUUACGCAGGACAAGCCGUGCAAAUGCGGGCCAACAUUCAAAUCUACACCAUCUUCCCCGUUCAGUAGGUGGGACAGGUGAGGGCUCCCAGCAACAAAUGCAUGGCAUGGUGCCAGGCAUUUUUAGUUGUUUUGUUCAACACUUUGAGCCAUGGGGUCAUGAGCGCUUGAAGUCAUGUUCCUGGUUGCAGCUAAGGGCUGCAAAUGGGCUCUCAAUCCCAUAUAUCGGUUAUAUGGAAUUGGAUAUUGAGCUCUGUGGUAGGAUAGUUCCGCGAUGUGGGGUGCUGGUGGUCAGGGAUCCUCCUGGUGGCUUGCGCUCUCAAGUCCCUGGUGUGUUGGGGAUGAAUGUACUUGGGCGAUGCUACCAGGAGCUCUUUGGACAGCAUGGCCCCUCUUUGUUUGAUUUUCCUCCGGUUUCUAGUGCGCCACUUUCAGUUUUUCAAGCCUUACAACACUGCCAUCAAGGUAGCGAACAAUCUCUCGUUGAGUGUAUGACUAAGGUAAGGGUGCGCGGUCCUCGGGCAUGUCGUGUCACAGGUGGUACUAUUAAGUUGGUUGCAGCAACCUGUGCAGAACAGUUGGUAGGUAGUACAGUACUGUUCGAGCCCAUUGAGUCUGGGUUACCUGAAGGGUUGUUGGCAUCCCCCGCCUUGGUGCGAGUGAUUGGAGGCUCAGUUUAUGUGCCAGUGGUCAACAUAGGCACGUUUGAUGUCCUCCUUUAUCCACGCAGAGUAUUGGGUACCCUGGUUAGAGUGAAUGUUGUUAGUUUGCCAGCAGGUGUCACUGAAGUUAGAUCCACUACAGCAAAUGUGUACUCUCAAGCCACUCUAGCAGUUAGUGCCCCCGUUUUAGAGCAGAUUGCAAAAGUAGAUCUGACUGCAUUACCAGAACUGGAACAGGGAAAGGUGAGGGCCUUGCUUACAAAAUAUCAGACGGUAUUUUCUGAACAUGACGGUGAUUUGGGAUGUACAAGUCUUAUAUCUCAUGACAUCCCACUCUUAGAUGACAUCCCUGUGCGUCAGCGACAUCGCCGGGUGCCUCCCUCUGAGUAUGAGGUUGUUCGAGCCCACAUCAAUCAGCUGUUGGAGUCUCAGGUAAUUAGGGAAAGUUGCAGCCCAUAUGCCUCCCCAAUCGUCUUGGUAAAAAAAAAGGAUGGUAGUCUACGCUUAUGCGUUGACUACCGCCAGUUAAACGCCAAGACUAGAAAGGAUGCAUUUCCUUUGCCUCGGAUUGAGGAGUCGCUGGAUGCGUUGACAGGGGCCUGUUGGUUUUCCACUAUGGAUUUAGCUAGUGGUUAUAACCAGGUCCCUGUCACAGAGGGGGAUAAGCCGAAGACCGCUUUUUGCACCCCAUUUGGCCUGUUUGAAUGGAAUCGUAUGCCCUUUGGGUUGUGCAAUGCCCCCUCUACCUUCCAGCGACUUAUGGAGAGGGUAUUCGGGGACCAACAGUGUCAGUCCUUACUUUUAUAUCUAGACGAUAUUGUGGUUUUCUCCACCUCGAUCACUCAACACUUGGAGAGGUUAGAGGUUGUGUUAAGCCGCCUAGAACGGGAAGGGUUAAAGGCUAGGCUAGAGAAGUGUGCCUUCCUUCAGCAAGAGGUGAAAUAUUUGGGUCAUGUUAUCUCUUCCAGGAGUGUGGCAACCGACCCUAGUAAGAUCGAGGCUGUGGCCCAGUGGCCUCGUCCCUCUAGCAUUGCAGAGUUGAGAUCCUUUCUGGGUUUUUCCAGCUACUAUCGGCGGUUUGUGGAAGGGUUUGCCAAGUUGGCUGCCCCGCUGCAUAAACUGGUGGGGGAAUUUGCUGGUGUAAAGGGUAAGCAGAAAGGUAGGAGUUUUGUUAGUGCCUGGAGUGAAAACUGUCAGGUGAGCUUUGAGGGGUUAAAGGAGAAACUAACUACCGCCCCAGUACUCGCGUAUGCGGAUUUCUCUAAACCUUUUAUUUUGGAGGUGGACGCUAGUUAUCAAGGUUUAGGGGCAGUCCUUUCCCAGAAAACUGAAGGUAAGGUAAGACCAGUGGCAUAUGCCAGCCGUAGUUUAAGGCCCACUGAGCGCAACAUGUCAAAUUAUAGCUCUAUGAAGUUGGAGUUUGUUGCGCUCAAGUGGGCCAUGACGGAGAAAUUCCGUGAAUAUCUGUUGGGUAACAAGUGUGUGGUAUUCACGGAUAAUAAUCCCCUUAGCCAUCUGACCUCUGCAAAGUUGGGGGCGACUGAGCAGCGUUGGGCUUCUCAGCUGGCGGCUUUCGAUUUCGAGAUCAAGUAUCGAUCUGGUAAGAGUAAUCGGAAUGCUGAUGCGCUGUCACGGAGGGAACUUCUGGAACCUGGUGGGUUGGAUGGUUUGACCCCAGGCACUGUAAUUCCUGAGUCUUUGCGGUCAUUAACUGGGGUAGAUUCUGUGGGCAUAGUGACCCAGUGUAUGGUCUCUACACUGCCUGGUUAUUCUGCUGGUGAGUUGCGUUCUUUGCAGGCAGCGGACCCAGUUAUUUGGGAAGUGCUGCGAUUUUGGAGACAAGGAAAUCGCCCAGGGCCGGAUGAGCGGCGCCAAAUGACUAAGGCGGCCUUAACCUUGCUCCGCCAGUGGGAUCGGUUGAGGGAGUUAGAUGGUAUGCUGUAUCGUCGGGUUUACUGCCCUAAUGGUAAGGAAGAGAUGUUACAAUUGGUUUUGCCUGCUGCCUUGAGACCAGAGGUGUUAAGACAGUUGCAUCAACAACAUGGACACCAGGGCAGAGAGCGCACCAUGGAGUUAGUGCAACAGAGGUGUUAUUGGCCGGGUUUGUCCUCGGAUGUGGCAAGCUGGUGUCAAGAGUGUGACCGGUGCCAGGCAGCCAAGGACACCCAGCCAUUGGCUCAGACUUUUAUGGGGCGGUUAAUGUCAUCUAGGCCAAAUGACAUCUUGGCAGUGGACUUCACAGUGUUAGAACCCACAAGCUCUGGCACCGAAAAUGUUUUGGUGAUGACUGAUGUUUUCAGCAAGUAUACCCUUGCUGUUCCAACGAGGGAUCAGCGAGCGGAGACUGUGGCACAAACCCUGGUGACCGAAUGGUUUUACAGGUUCGGUGUUCCGGGCCGUCUCCACUCGGAUCAGGGACGAAAUUUUGAGUCUUUGUUGAUACGUCAGUUAUGUGAGCUUUAUGGUGUGGUGAAGUCUCGUACUACCCCUUAUCACCCGGCUGGCAACGGCCAGUGUGAACGCUUUAACCGCACGUUACACAAUCUGUUGCGUACUCUGCCAGUGUCCAGGAAACGAGACUGGGUAGCGUGUCUUCCCCAGGUAGUGUUCAGUUAUAAUAGCACCCCUCAUCAGACCACAGGGGAAUCGCCACACUUCUUGAUGUUUGGUCAGGAGCCACGAUUGCCCAUAGAUUUUUUGUUGGGGAGAGAACUACAGCUAAGAGAGGGUAGUGUGAAUGACUGGGUCUUGGAACAUCAAACGAGGCUCCAGGUGGCCUUUGCAGGUGCACGGGAACGGUUGCAGGUCAUGGCUGAUAGGCGCAAGGCCAAUCAUGAUCAGCACGUCCGAGAUGAACCACUGGUGGAGGGUCAACUGGUGUACCUCCGUGAUUAUGGGGUAAGGGGCCGCCAUAAAAUCCAGGACCUGUGGAGCCCAGUGGUCUAUCAAGUGACAAGGGCACCCAAGGAGGGUGGUGUAGUGUACACCAUUGCGCCUGUAGAUGACCUGACCAAGGUAAGGAACGUGCAUCGUUCACUGUUAAAGAGAAGAGUCUGUAAGGAAACAGUUGGUACUAACCAUGAUAGUCCUUUACCUGACCCAGUUAUGGACCCAUCCUCGUUAGCUGAGGAAGAGGAUGAGGUAGAUUUAUUAGCUUUGGUCCAAGGACGGGAUCGAGUUGAUGUUGAAUUAAGACUUGGUGGUCCAGCAUCUGGGGUGGAACAUGGUCCACAGGAAAGGGUGAGUGUUAUGGGACCAGCUCCUGCUAACUGGCCAGGAUCACAGGUUCCAGCUAGGGAUACAGCUAUGUUGCCGGAGCCACAGCCUGAAGCCCUUGUUAGGGUAGAUGAGGGUGAUUUACGCAGGACAAGCCGUGCAAAUGCGGGCCAACAUUCAAAUCUACACCAUCUUCCCCGUUCAGUAGGUGGGACAGGUGAGGGCUCCCAGCAACAAAUGCAUGGCAUGGUGCCAGGCAUUUUUAGGCCAUGGGAUUAGGUAAUCCUGACCCUAGUAGUAGGACCGUCGGGGCGACGAUCCAUCAGUGGGGGGGUAGAAUGUAGUGGGACGAACUUGGGUGUCUCCUCUUUAAAUUUGUUUCAUCAGUUGUCCAAUCAUACACAUUCACGGUUAUAUAAAAGGGGACUUUUAAUGCACCGUGUUGUGCUCACCUCUUGUGCGUCAUUGCUCGAGGCCCGCCCCUUCCUGACUUAGACGCUUCCUGUCUUGCAGGUAUGUGCUUGCUAGCGAAUGCAAAUCAGUGGUGCGCUUGUGGUAACCAGCAUUAUUUUGAAUCAUAGUUUCCGACAUAUAACCAUCUCAUGUUGCUUGGCGACUGCUUUUAAAUGCACUUCCGCUGCAUUUCCACCCCUUCUUGCCGGUUUGAUGUCUGUUUGCGUGUGCGGCUGGACGUGUGAUCAUAGCUACGAUAAAAAGGUAUGUGUAACCAUCCCUGUUGAUAUUUGAGGUGUUUGGUGCGACGAAUCAAUGCUCUACUUAAUCCUUUUUAGGUGGAAUAGUUUUAAGGAGGAUUCAUUCAGUGCAGCCUGUGGGGCAACGUAUUUUGAUGCUGCUGCUUUGUUUAUGUUUAGUUCAUGUCUGUUUUGCAAUCUAACGCAGAGGCGUGAGUUGGCGCGGGUAUUGGUCCUCUCCAUUUGAUCAACUUUUCUGCGUUCUGCCUAUUGGAUUGUGAAAGUUGUAAUUUGUUUCAGUUUGUCUUUUUUUGAAUUUAUUUAUUUCAUUCUUAUUCAUUGUUAUAUUACAUUUUUGUUGUUUUACUUUGGUUAUGUAAGUGCCUGAUUUAUGAUUUGUUGUUUUGUUUAGUUUGUUUUCAUUUAAUUGGCACCUGGCCAUGAAACUGGGGUGAGUAUUCACCUCCAGCUGAGUUAAUUCUUUACAACUUCCCAGGUGUUUUGAUUUGGUUGGUUUAAGUCUUUAUUUGUUUCAUUGUAUUUCAUUCAACUGCUAAGUAUUUUAUUAUUGUUGUUAUUAUUUCUAUUUCUUUGAUUUUUUUUCUUUGAGAAUUAAAUUUGAUUAACUGUGUCUUUU